UUUAGUUUUUCAUAUUACCCCAACAUUUCGCUUUCCGAUACUGAAAACCGCACCUUUUUAGCUGCUUCUUAGAAAAAGUUAUCAAAGAAAUGGCCGUGCUUCUUCUUUUUUGAAAUGGAUAGUAGUUUGUAAAAAAAUGAGAAAAUCUAGCGAAUCUGUCCUUAACAGCUGUUUUGCCGUCAGAAUCCUUCGUCUUAAUAAAGCUAUUAGCACCAAAAGAAAAGUCAAUGUGUAAUAUAUUAUUGUCUCAAUGUAAAACUGAUGCAGCUAUAUGUAAUUUCGUUGUUUAUUUAAAUAAUUAUUUAAAUAAACAACGAAAUUACAUAUAGCUGCAUCAAUUAUUACAUUGAUUCAAAAAUGGUUGCCCUUAAGUACUAUUAAUAUUGACAUUAUUGUCUAUUUCUAUAUGAACUCUAAUAGGAUGUGGGAUCACCGAUCGAGUUGGAACGUAUCUUGGAGAAAUUUGCAACCAUAAAAAGCUCUCAGUUCUUAAUUUAAGUGGAAAUGACUUAGAAGAGAAAGCCCUUAUCGAUAUUGGAACAUCGCUUACUACCAACUAUAAUCUUACGAAACUGAAUCUAAGCUGGAAUAAAAUUAGAGGCAAAGGUUCUGUAGCAUUACUACGAGCAUUUGAAGUUAAUACCGGUGUAAAAGAUCUUAAUUUAUCAUGGAAUGGUCUCGGUUACGAUGGAUGUGUGGCUCUUCGACGAAUUUUUAGAAUUAAUGGGACAAUAACACGUAUAGAUAUAACUAAUAAUAAUAUUGAAUGGAAAGGGGCUAAACUUAUUGCUCAAGGUUUAGCUAAAAAUUCAACAUUAGAAACCUUACUGCUUGCUUUUAAUCCAUUGACGACACAUGGUGUUCAUUCCAUUAUUCGGGCUGUAAACUCAAAAGAAUGUACACUAUCUUUGUUAAAUUUAUCUGGUCUCAACGUCUAUUCUCAAACUGUUCGACUGGCAGAAAAAAUAGCCAUGCGUCGACGAUUCGUACUGAAAUAUGAUUUUGAAGUUGACGUACACGAUACUUAUGGAACAGGCAAUCCCACACUAAAACCCGAUUCACUUCGAAAAAUCAUUAAUCAUAUUGAUAAUCGAAAUUGGCGAACAAUAGAAUAUUUUCGAAUUAUGGAUAAACCAAAACAAAAUAAAAUUGACAAUGAAAAUAUACCAACUAAUAUAAUGAAAACUGGUGUUCAAUUAAAAAGUUACGAAAUACGCGAUGUAACGAGACGAUUUACGGAGCAUAUAGUCGAAGAACUGACUUAUAAGGAUCUUAAUAAAAUUCUCAAUAAACAAAAACUACAAGAACGAAUAGAACGAAACAAACACGAAAAUAUGAAAAAAGCCUUAAAAAGGAAAAAUUUGAAAAUUUUACAAAGUGCAAAUGAACAUUUUCCAGAGAUUCCAAUUAGUAAGUUAAACAAACAAGAACAACACGCAGAAGCAAUUAAACGAUUGGCCAUACCAAAAACAUACCAUAAUGACUGA